CGACCCGCCUCCUUCCCGCCAUCACAGGCUCUUCGGUUUGAAUGUAGCCUCACGCACCUGACGAAGUACACGCUCGUGGCAUACGCAUAUGCCGCCUUCCUCGACGUCCGCGUAAGUAUCAAUACGUCUCGGACAGUUACCCGCGGAAUCGAAGGGGCUUUCAUGUACCCCGUGCCGUGCGUCGGAGGCAUUGCUUGCUCUUGACUUCCAUCUUCCUUCAUCUGCCUAUACGACCUGCCACCUUCGCUCUGCUCAAUUCUCACCACUCUCUCAACUCCCACCAUGGCCCCCGCGAUCCCCGUCACCUUCACCGACAUCCUCAUCGUCACCUCCACCCUCUUCUUCCUUCACAAAGCCUUCCGCAAGGUCACCUCCCGCAGCGGUGUCCCUACCACGCCCCUCCGCGGGCCACCUUCGCCCAACUGGCUCUUCGGCGUGCACCGCGACAUCGUCCGCGCGCAAGACCCCGGCGCGGUCUGGGAGAACUGGCGGCGCGAGUAUGGGCUUGUGUACGCGACGCCCGCCCCCCUGGGAGAGACACGCAUCGCGCUAUUUGACCCGAAGGCGCUAGCGCACUUUUAUGCCCGCGAGACGUGGACGUAUGUGAAUCCGCGGAUCUCGAAGAUGAUUAUUGAGAAUAUGUUCGGCCCGGGCAUCUUGGUUGCGGAGGGAGAGAACCACAAGCGGCAGCGCAAGGCGCUCUCUCCGGCCUUCAGCAACACGGCGAUUCGCAGCCUAACCCCCGUAUUCUACGACUCGGCUUACAAGGUCAAGACUGUCUGGGACGGCCUCCUCGAGUCAAACCCGAAGGAGGGCGCUAUCAUCGACGUCCAAUACUGGAUGAACCGCAUCUCCCUCGACUCCAUCGGCAUCGCCGGCUUCGGGCACGACUUCCGCACGCUGUCCGGCGCGCCCUCCCCGGUCAUCGACUCCUUCGAGGCCUUCGGCAAGCUCUCCAACACCCUCCUUGGCACGCUCAUCUUCGUCCUCUCGCCGUACGUCCCGCUCCUGGGAAAGAUCCCGACGGAGCGCAAGCGCUUGACGGACCGCGUGCGCGGGGCGCUGACGGCGAUCGCGGACGAGCUGUUGGAAGAGGGGAAGGGCGAGGGGGAGGAGGCGGGGAAGAAGAGUAUUGUGGGGCAAAUUAUUAGGGCGGAGCAGGGUACGAACGAUCUGAGGUUGACGAGGGAGGAGGUUUUGGCUCAGAACGUCCUCCUGCUCGCAGGUUACGAGACCACGUCAAUAACACUCACCUGGGCCCUCAUCGAACUCAGCAAGAACCCGGACGUGCAGCAGAAGCUCCGCGACGAGCUCGCGGGAAUCGGGAACCAGGACGCGACAUGGGAGCAGUUCACCAACGGGCUGCCCUACCUGGAGGCCGUCACGCUCGAGACGCUGCGCUUGCAUCCGUCGGUGGCGAUCACGACGAGGGUGGCCUCCGAAGACGACGUCAUCCCACUCGGCGCGCCCGUCGAGACCGCGGACGGCUCGCCCGUCUCGCAGAUCCUCGUGCGGAAGGGGACGUAUGUGUGCGCCCCGAUCCACGCGAUCAACCGCUCGCCGGCGCUGUGGGGGGCGGAUGCGGGGGAGUUUAGGCCGGAGAGGUGGCUCGACGUGACAGGCGGUGGAGAUCGGGAGGACGCGGAACAUGGGAGGGGAGCACAAGCGGUGAAGCUCAACGACAGCAAGCUCGGCGCGGCGCGCGAGCUGCAGGGGCACAAGCAUUUGAUGACCUUCAUUGACGGGCCGAGGAUGUGUUUGGGGAGGGGGUUUGCGUUGGCGGAGUUUAAGUCCGUCCUGUCCACGCUGAUCAAGAACUAUGUCUUCGAGUGGCCGCAUGGGGAGGACAAGCAGAUCCUGCGGUAUCGCACGAUCGUCUUCCGACCGCGGGUGGAGGGGGAGGAUGGCCCUAGGGUGCCGCUCCGGCUAGCACCAACUCUCGCCAUGUCAGCGUUCGCCACCAUGCACUUCACCAAGCGGACCGCGUCCUUGCGCAGGACGGUCCUCUGCAGACAGCACUACGCAGCGCAGCAGAAUCAGAACCACGCCUCACAGCAGAUGCAUACCUCCCACCAAAACCCCUCUCACUAUACCUCCUCGCACCACACUACCGGACCCCAGCCCUACUACUUCACGCCCUCCCGCCAUAUCCAUACCUCCCAUCCCGCCGGAAAGGAGGCGGACGGCAAGGACGAGCGCCUUUCGCAGGGCAGCGCUUCCAAGACCGACGACAACAAGCAUCCGCAGGACCCGCACUCCCAGGCCGCGCGCGACGCGCAGAAACAGGGCGGCUCGGGCGCGCCCCUCGACGCGGCGAGCGGGGCGCCGCAGCUGAAGGGGCAGUCGGAUAUGGGGCCGGAGAGGAGCGCGCCGCAGGCGGGGGUUGGUUCGGCGAAGGGGAGCGACCCGAAUGCGGGCGUGGGGAUGGUCGAGCAGGUGGGGAGCGGGAGUGCAGGCGCGGAGAAUUUUGGGAAGGGGGGAAGUAAGGGGAAGGAGGAGCCGGCAGCGGGAGAUGCGGUGUAAGGGAGAGGAAGGUGGGUGUAUGCGGG